GCUAAUAAACUUUGUUAUUAUUUACAAAAUGAAGGUCAAAAACCACUGGUUAUUUAGCAUAACAAAUCACAUUAUACAACCUAAUAAUUUAUCAGUUUCUCCCGGAGAUAACGUUAAGUUUGCAAUAACAAGUAUUAUACAAUGAAAAAUCUUCCAGUAUAAGAAACUUAUAUGAGUGCUUGUAAACGUGUAAGAUUGGCCGAAAUGUUGGAAGAUGUAUUUGCAGUGCUGAAACGGGUGGACGCGGUAUGUUUCGACGUGGACUCCACCGUAAUUAGGGAGGAAGGAAUCGAUGAAUUGGCGAAAUUUUGUGGUAAAGGUGCGGAGGUGGCCAACCUGACAAGUCAAGCCAUGAGCGGCUCGAUGACAUUCCAAGAAGCCUUAGAUCUCAGGUUGAAUAUCAUCAAACCCUCUUUGGCACAGGUGAAAGACUUUAUUAAAAUCAGCCCUCCGACUCUUACACCUGGGGUUAAAAAACUCAUUGAGCUCCUCCACAGCAGGAACAUUCCAGUCUACUUAAUAUCCGGAGGAUUUAGGAGUAUUAUAGUUCCAAUUGCUGAUCAGCUUAAGAUCCCCCACAGUCACAUAUUUGCCAACAGGUUAAAGUUUUACUUUACGGGGGAGUAUGCUGGGUUCGAUGAGAAUGAACCCACUUCAAAAAGUGGCGGCAAAGGGGUGGUGAUUCAGCAACUGAAAGCAAAACAUAGUUUUCGAAAUUUGAUUCUUAUCGGUGAUGGUGCGACUGACUUGGAAGCUGCUCCCCCAGCAGAUGCUUUCAUUGGAUAUGGAGGAAAUAUUAUUAGGCCCACUGUGAAAGCCAAGGCUAAAUGGUUUGUUACUGAUUUUAAUGAAAUUUAUAAUGUUUUGGUUAAUUUAAAUAAUAUUUAAUUGUCGCAUUGGUGCCUUGGUAGAAAAUUGUUUUUAGGAAUUGUAUAGUUAUAAAGAUAUUUUUAUACUGUUAGAAUUGACUCAAGUAAACAAUAUUAUUGUUGUAUAGAUCCUUUGUGUGCUUUAAUUAUGAAAUAAUAAUUAUGAUGAAAUUAAAUUUAUUAUUUAAAUUUAAAGAA